AUGGAGCUUGAGAAGAAUAAGGUGGAGCUUCAGGAGAUGAAAGUGGAGCUUCGGAAGAAGAAAUCGGAGUGCGCUGAUCUCCAGGUUAAAUUAGCAGAGGUAGAAGAAACUGGAGAUAGUACCCCUAAAGAUAAGGAUGCAAAUGAAUAUUGGAUGAUCAAGUGCUCCGAUUUGGAGAGGCUAGUCCUGAGGAUGGAAAAUGAAAAUUUAAUACUGAGAUGUCAAGAAUUGCGUAAUACUGAAAAGAUAGAGUCUGAAGCGCGGGGUUUGCACAAUGAAAUUACUAAAACUGGUGAUAAGCAAGGAGAUAAAAACAACAUGGGCAAACCUAGUGCUAAAACCAGUGGUGGAGGGGGCAAGGAUUCUCGGGCGUAUGAACUGAAAACGAAAGAAAAGGUGCUGAAUGUGAAUGAUUGGGCCUGUUCAGUAGAGAACCCAUCUCGUCAUGGAUCACCAUCUCAAUCUCAUCCGGAAAUGAGUAAGAAGACUUUUAAGAACUUGGUCUCAGAUUCAGAUGACGCUGGUGAUAGUCUUAGCGAAUUUGAAUGUUCUGAUUGUUUUAUUGAUUCGAAAAUUUCUCUUGGUGACCCUAUGGAUAUGUUGGCGCUGAAAAAUUUGAAUACGAACAACGACGAAAUGAAAUGGAAAUCUGAGGCUGAUAUGCUUUCUUCAUUUGAAGAGGAUACUGAUAUCUGUAUGAAAGCUAUUUGUGCUCUCUAUCGGCAGAAUAUAUCCAAAGACGAAUUAUUACCGAAGGGGUUGGUUAUUGGCGAGGACAGGCACAGGUGUAUCACUUUGGCCAAGUUUCUGAUGGAUGAGGACUGCAAAGGUGAUCUUAAGAAGUCUGUGAAAGACUUGGAGACAUUAGAUUCCAAAGCGGUUACGAGUCUUAGGACUGCAACUGCCAGCAACAGAAAUAUAGGAAUAUGA